AUGAUGCUGGAAGUUGCCUGUUUACUUGUUGGCUUUGGAAUGGAUCCUAACUUACAGAUUGAUAUUAUUGCGGAACUGGAUCUUUUCAACAUGUCUGUUGGAGUUACACAGGUGUCUGGACUACAUAAUGCCAGCAAAGCAUUUUUAUUUCAAGAUAUAGACAGAGAAAUCCAUGCAGCACCCCACACAAGUGAGAAGUUAAUUCAGCUCUUCCGGAAUAAAAGUGAAUUCACGUUUCUAGCUACCCUACAACAACGUGUAUCAACUUCAGGAGUCAUUCUAUCUAUACGAGAACUGGAGCACAGUUACUUCGAAUUGGAAAGCAGUGGCCUGAGAGAUGAAAUCAGGUAUCACUACAGAUUUAAUGGAAAGUCAAGGACAGAGGUAUUUCCGUAUCGGCUAGCAGAUGGACAGUGGCACAAGAUUGCAUUGUCACUUAGUGCAUCCCACCUUCUGCUUCAUGUGGACUGCAGUAGGAUUUAUGAACGUGUUAUAGACCCCCCUGAAACAAAUUUGACCCCAGGAAGCAACCUGUGGCUUGGACAGCGUAACAGGAAACAUGGCUUCUUUAAGGGUAUCAUUCAAGAUGCGAAUGUUGUCUUUAUGCCUAAUGGAUAUAUAGCACAGUGUCCUAAUCUAAAUCGCACCUGUCCAACAUGUAGUGAUUUCUUGAGCCUGGUUCAAGGAAUUAUGGAUUUACAAGAACUUCUGGCUAAAAUGACUGCAAAACUAAAUUAUGCAGAAAUGAGGCUUAGUCAGUUGGAAAACUGUCACUGUGAGAAGACUUGUCAAGUAAAUGGAGUGAUAUACCGAGACAAAGACUCAUGGGUAGAAGAUGAUCACUGCAGGAAUUGCACGUGCAAAAAUGGAGUAGUGGAGUGCCGACGGGUAGCCUGCCCACCAUUGAACUGCUCUCCCAAUAGCCUUCCAGUCCAUGUAGUAGGCCAGUGCUGCAAAGUGUGCAAGUCCAAAUGCAUCUAUGGAGGGAAGGUGUUGGCAGAAGGUCAGCGGAUUUUAAUGAAGACCUGCAUAGAAUGCCAUAAUGGAAUUUUAGUAAAAAUAGCAGAGAGCUGUCCUCCAUUGAACUGCUCAGAAAAAGAUUACAUCCUCCCAGAGAACCAAUGUUGUCGUGUUUGCAGAGGUCAUAAUUUUUGUGCGCAAGGACACCAGUGUGGUGAAAACUCAGAGUGCAGAAACUGGAACACAAGAGCUACUUGUGAAUGCAAGAGUGGUUAUGUCUCUGUCCAAGGAGAUUCAGCUUAUUGUGAAGAUAUUGAUGAGUGUGCUGCUAAGAUGCAUUAUUGUCAUGCCAACACAGUGUGCAUGAAUCUGCCUGGAUCAUAUCGCUGUGAUUGUGUCCCAGGAUAUAUUCGCAUUGAUGAUUUCUCAUGUACGGAACGUGAUGAAUGUGACAGUGGACAGCACAACUGUGAUGAGAACGCUAUCUGUACUAACACAAUCAGGGGACACAGCUGCACCUGCAAACCUGGAUACGUGGGGAAUGGGACCAUCUGCCGAGCAUUUUGUGAAGAAGGAUGCAGAUAUGGUGGGACAUGUGUAGCUCCUAAUAAGUGUGCCUGCCCUUCUGGAUUCACAGGAAGUCACUGUGAAAAAGAUAUUGAUGAGUGUGCAGAGGGAAUCAUUGAAUGUCACAACCAUUCACGCUGUGUUAACCUCCCAGGGUGGUACCACUGUGAGUGCAGAAGCGGUUUCCAUGACAAUGGAAGCUAUUCACUUUCCGGGGAGUCCUGUAUUGAUAUUGAUGAAUGUGCCUUACGGACUCACACCUGUUGGAAUGAUUCAGCCUGCGUGAAUCUGGCAGGAGGGUUUGAUUGCCUCUGUCCAUCUGGACCAUCUUGCACUGGUGACUGCCUGCAUGAAGGAGACUUGAAACGAAAUGGCCAGGUAUGGACUCUGAAGCAAGACAGAUGCUCUGUUUGCUCCUGUAAGGAUGGCAAGAUAUUCUGUCGACGGACUGCUUGUGAUUGUCAGAACCCUAGUGUUGAUUUCUUCUGCUGCCCAGAAUGUGACACCAGAGUCACCAGUCAAUGUUUAGAUCAGAAUGGGCACAAGCUGUACCGAAGUGGAGACAACUGGACAUACAGCUGUCAGCAGUGCCGCUGUUUGGAAGGAGAAGUAGAUUGUUGGCCACUUGCUUGCCCAACACUAAACUGUGGCUAUACAGCAAUAACAGAAGGAGAGUGUUGCCCCCGCUGCAUCAGUGACCCUUGCUUGGCUGACAAUGUUACUUAUGAUAUCAGAAAAACAUGUCUAGAUGGCUAUGGAAUAACACGACUCAGUGGCUCUGUAUGGACAAUGGUUGGAUCACCUUGUACAACCUGCAAAUGCAAGAAUGGACAUGUCUGUUGCUCUGUGGAUUUAGAAUGCCUUCACAAUAACUAA